AAACAGCUUUUAUUUCGAAACUAUGACAACUACUUUUUUUUAUGAGGAUGGACAGGAGAAUGUUUACAACGAUCUAGGGAUAAAAGUUUUUGACCCUGUGGAGAAUGUUCUAACGCAAAUCACAGACCCUAACGUUGUCCUGGAAACUAUAAGCCACACAGAGCUCAUAUUUAGAAGCUCGCAAAUCUAUUGAGGAAAGAAAUGUUAAGAAAAGCAAUGAUGUAGAGCCAAAAGCCGCCACGAAACCAAAAUUGAAGCAGAAAAGCGUUGAAGAAAGAGGAAGA